GAAUUUCACCCAAGAGCAUUACAAGGAAUGCCACUGCGCAGAAUGAAAUCAUCCAUGUAUAGAUGGAAUAAAAAUGACAUUCCUCCAAAUGUUACCAACUUACGUGAAUACGUCGAAAUUGCUAGCAGUGAUGAAUGGAGUCACAAGAGACAAUAUUUAGAAUACUCAUUAUCUUUUACCCUAGUACAGGAAAAUGAUGUAGUAACAUCGGCAAUAAUAGUGGACAGCAAUUUUUUCAAUACUUUAACACAAAAUCAUGUUUUUCUUAUUGACAUAUCGUCACAAACUAUUCCUGCAGGAAUUGGCUGCAUUCAGUUAAUGUCUCUAUUGUGUUUAAAAAAUAAUCAUACUAUACCAUGUGCCUGGAUAUUAAUGAAUUCAACGACAAGAGACGCAUAUACUCAAUCCUUUCAAAAAUUAAAAACUCAAUUUCCUGAACUCCAAAUCCAUAAAGCAAUCACUUCCAAUGACGAAAAUUUAAAAGGAGCAAUACAACAAAUUUUUCCUGAAUCUGAAGUAUCCCUGAGUCUUCACCAUUUUAUAUUACAGCUGUUUCGGAAAAUGAAAACUUUUCAAUUAGUCGAAUAUUUUAGAAACGACGAUAAUGAAAUCAAGAGAACUUUAUUUUUUAUUUUGGCACUGCCAUUGUUACCGGAUCGACUAAUUCCAGAGGCUUUUAACAGAAUAAGAAAUGAUGCCAAUUUAAAUGUAGAUCAUAACCUCGAACGUUUCCUGACCUACUUUGAAAGAAACUGGUUGCAAGAACCCAAUAAUUUUACAGUAUUCCAAAAAAAUGUACGUAUAACGGACAAUUUUCAAAUGUAUGCAAGCAGAUUGAAAUCAAAGGUCGGCGAAGAAAUCGAAAUUUGGAAGUUCACAAAAUUGAUGGUUGCUUUGCAGUCCCGCAUUUAUACAGACCACGAGCGUAUUGUAGGUGGUGAAUUAGAAAAAGGAGUACAAUCAUCAAAAAUUUAUUCAAAAACGAAAUUGAAAGAAUUAAAAACCUAUUGGGCUGAUUUAGCUGAUGAAAAAAUCACAAUUUUAGAAUUUUUACAAUUAAUAAGUUAUAAUGUAAUUGAAAAAAGGAUUGAAUUCUUUAAAUUUUAUUGUCGAAGAGAAGAAAUCGAAUAUUUUAGAGAAGAAGAAGAAGAAGGAGAAGGAGAAGAAGGUGGAGGAGAAGUAGAAGAAAUUAUUGAAAUUGAAAAUGCAUUUGAAGAACAAAUUAACAUCGUGCAAGUGCCACCUGAAAAUGUAAAUAAUGCCGAACCGGAAAAUAUAAAUCAAGGAGCAGAAAAUUUAAGAAUUGGAAGUCCCAUAUGCUGCGUUUGUAAAGUAAAUCAAUCGACACACACUUUCGUCCCCUGUGGACAUGUUUGUAUUUGUGAUGACUGUAAAACAGAUUAUGAAGAAAACAAUAUAGAAAACCGUAGUCUUCAAGUAUGCCCCUUGUGCAGGAUAGAGUACAUGAUGAUUAUGAGAAUAUAUUAAAUUAUUAAUGAUCUCGACUUAAAAAUAAAAACAAAUUUUCAUUUCA